UUCCCCUGGAUCUUCGCCUCGCACCAUGCAGACGGUCCCUUGGCCCUGCCUGACGGUUCAGCGUUCCCCCCUCCCCCACCAGCCGUGCUCCUGUUUCACUCAAAGAUGGCGUCGGCUCUAGAACCCCUGGUCUGUGGCUGCAUUUUUGGGCUUGUUGUUGUCUCCGUUUCGCACGGUUUCGGCACCUUCUCCGCGGCGGCUCGACUGGAAAUUCCGGCUUUGUCCGCUUCCGAAGAGCAAUAGGCACGAAGGUGAUCGGUUGUGACUUCUCCCCUGGGGUGAGAUACCUGUCCCCGUCCCGGAGCUCAGUCCGCUGGAAGAGCAGAGCGACAUCGAGCGUGUAAAGACGACGUGGAAGCUCGGUGGAUCUUGUGGAAUUUUUUAUUUAUUUUUUAAAUCUACGGAAAACGCAAUUACUGCAUUGCCCGUCUCUUUUUAUCGUCGAACACACACGCUUGGUGUUUUCGGAGACCAUUAUCAUCUCCAACAGCCGGCAUUGAGAAUCGGUUAGUUUGCCAGUAGCAGGAACCUGACUGAACAGGUUUUGUAUUUUUGGUGAAUAGGUUUUUUUUGGGACAGGCAAAGGUGGGGAACACCUUUUCUCUUUUUUUUUUGAAAGCCCUUCUUUUCACAAAGAUCUACUCUACCCUACAUUGUGUGCUGUGGGAUUCGCGAACUGACCGGCUGCUCCCUCCCCUCCCCUUUGCUUCUCGUCGGGGACGUUCACCUGACCGGGAGUGGGAGGUGGGUGGACUGUAUUUUCCGGGGCAGAGAGUUGUCUCAGGCGGUUUGUGCUAUGGUCAGCUGCUCAUUACCGUGCUGCUCAUACUCAGCUUCUGAGGGACUUUCUGUACGAGCCCAGGACAAGGGGUAGUACGCAGAGAGAGCAAAGAGAAAGAGGAGGCGGCGCUACGGCGCAGGGCCAGGUGUUUCCUUGGCUCGCAGUCCACCCCCCCCCCCCCCUCCUUUUCUUUCUUUUUCUCGUCCGUGGUCAUUGCGGUAAGGCCUCAAAGGCCCCGCACCCGCCCGGACGGAAGCCAUGGUGAAACCUGCCCACCCAAUGUACACCCAGUGGAUCCUAGAGGCCAUCAAGAAGGUGAAGAAGCAGAAGCAGCGACCGUCGGAGGAGCGCAUUUGCAAUGCGGUCUCCAUGUCCCACAGCCUGGAUCGCAAAACGAUUUUGGAGCAGCUGGAGCUCAGCGUCAAGGAUGGUACCAUCCUAAAGGUCACAAACAAAGGUCUAAACUCCUACAAGGACCCUGAAAACCCAGGGCGCUUCGCUCUGCCUAAGUCCAAAGGUAGUAGCAGCUCUGAAAGAAGCGGUGGUGGAGGAGGAGGAGGCGGCGGUGGCAGCGGGUGUGGUGUUGGUGGUAGCAGCAGCAGCAACAGCAGUGGCAGCAGCAGCAGCAGCAGUGGCGUCGGCGGCGGCGGUGGCGGCGGCGGUGGCAGCGGUGGUUCUCACUCCCAUUCUGGGAAGAGGCCGGGACUCGACUGGAACAAGCUGCUGAAACGGGCCCUGGAGGGGCUCCACGAGCCCGGUGGCUCCAGCUUAAAGAACAUUGAGCGCUUUCUCAAAUGCCAGGCGGAUGUGGCGGGCUACUUGUCUAGCAGCGGCUCUCUGGGCUCCGGCCUCUUCCACCAGCACCUUAGGGUGGCCCUGAAAAGGGCCGUGGCCCAUGGACGCGUGGCCAAGCAGGGGCCGCUGUUCCAACUCAUCAGCCGCAGUAGCUGCCUGGAUGACGGGACCGGGACGGUGUCUCUGGGAUCGCUGCCCCCCGUCCGGUUGUUGCCCCACGAGAAAGACCGGCCGGUGGCGGAGCCCAUCCCCAUCUGCAGCUUCUGCUUGGGCACCAAGGAGCAGAAUCGCGACAAGAGGCCGGAGGAGCUCAUCUCCUGCGCCGACUGUGGCAACAGUGGCCACCCGUCCUGUCUCAAGUUCUCCCCGGAGCUCACGGCGCGAGUUAAGGCUCUGUGGUGGCAGUGCAUCGAAUGCAAGACCUGCAGCAGCUGUCAGGAUCAAGGGAAGAACGCGGACAACAUGUUGUUCUGUGACUCCUGUGACCGAGGCUUCCACAUGGAGUGCUGCGAUCCCCCCCUCACGCGUAUGCCGAAAGGCAUGUGGAUUUGUCAAAUCUGCCAACCCAGGAAAAAGGGAAAGAGGCUUUUACACGAAAAGGCAGCACAAAUCAAACGGCGCUACAACGCGCCGCUGGGGCGGCCCAAGAACAGGCCGGGCCGUCCCUUCAAGAAGCUGGGCCGGCGUGGCAGGAGAAAGCGCUCGGCCUCGGCCAACUCCUCCUCCAGCUCCUCCUGCGAGGGUUACCCCGGCGACGACCGGCUGCUUUUUUCGAUGCGGGACGACGGCGACCUGUCGCAGGACAGCCUGCGCUUCAACAACAAGACCAAGGGCCUCAUCGACGCCCUCACGAAGUUCUUCACGCCGUCACCCGAGGGACGCAAGGCGCGGCAGGAAGUGGUGGACUACUCGCAGCAGUGCCGCAUCCGAAAGAAGGCCAGUCGCAAAGGAGAAGGAGAUGAUAGAGACAAUCAAGAAGGCAGCGACUGGCGCGACGAAGACGAGAAGCUGCCCGGCCACGAGAACCUGACGGAAAAAGACAUUGAGCUGUUCAGGCACAUCCAGGAGCUGGCACUGCAGAAAGUCGGGGUGACGGGUCCACCGGAUCCUCAGAUGCGCUGCCCGUCGGUCAUCGAAUUUGGCAAGUUUGAAAUCCAGACGUGGUAUUCGUCUCCGUACCCCCAGGAGUACAGCAGACUACCCAAGCUCUACUUGUGUGAGUUCUGCCUUCGCUACAUGAAGAGCCGCAGCAUCCUCUACCAGCACAUGAAGAAGUGCAACUGGUUCCACCCCCCUGCUAACGAGAUCUACAGGAAGGAAGAUGUCUCCGUUUACGAGGUGGACGGGAACGUGAGCACUAUCUACUGUCAGAACCUGUGUCUGCUGGCCAAGCUGUUCCUGGACCACAAGACCCUCUACUAUGACGUGGAGCCCUUCCUUUUCUACGUCCUGACCCAGAACGACAACAAAGGGUGCCACCUUGUUGGCUACUUCUCCAAGGAGAAGCACUGUCAACAGAAAUACAACGUGUCAUGCAUCAUGAUUCUUCCACAGUACCAGCGCCGGGGCUACGGGCGCUUUCUCAUCGACUUCAGCUACUUAUUGUCCAAGCGCGAGGGCCAGCCCGGAUCUCCAGAGAAGCCUCUGUCCGACCUGGGUCGACUAUCCUACAUGGCGUACUGGCGCAGCGUGGUGCUGGAGUGUCUCCAUGACGUCCGCGACCGACAGAUCACCAUACGACAGCUAAGCAAACUGACCGGGAUCUGCCCGCAGGACAUCACCACCUCCCUGCACAGUCUCAACAUGCUGGAUCAGCGAGGAGAAAGGCUGGUCCUGGUGCGUAGGGAGAAGCUGGUGUCCAACCACAUGACUCGUCUCAAGGCCCGGCCCCGGCAGCUGGACGUCGACCCGGAGUGUCUCCGCUGGGCCCCCGUCAUCGUAACCAACACUGUGGUCUCUGAUGGCGACGAUGACGAGGAGGAGGAGGAUGACGAACCAGAGGAACACAUCCGCAAGGAGAUCAAACCAAGUCACAAGGUCCCAGCCAUGUCCUGGCACCAGCGGCAGGGGAAGAAGAGGGAUGAGGAGGAGGACGAGGAUGACGAGGAAGAAGAGGAAAGAAAGUGCUUCCUGGGGUUUCCCAUGAACCAAAGUUCCCCGGCUUCCACUCCCAUUCGCUGUCCACCCCCUGCCCCGGAGCCACCGCGCCCGCCUCCCCCGACAAAUGGGGAACGCAGGCCGCGGGGGCGCCCACCCAAAAACUGGCCCUGGGGCAAGGUGAAAGACAGCGCGCGGGUCGGGCGGCCACCUAAGAUCCGACCGGCGGGGGACGAGGAUGACAAAGGCAACAGGAGAACGGAGGGAGGAAAAACCAUAGGCUCCGCCACUGGCCCCCCAUCCCUUUUCUCCAUGGACAGACGAGCAGAAUCCACGACCUUUCACUCACUGGACAUGGGCAGACACCCCUCCAUAGUUCCCUCACGAAGAGGGCGGCCCCCGAGAAAAAAGAGAGGCCCCAAUCCCAGGUUGAUGGAUGGGGCCGGGGUGGGGCUGGCCCAGCUACCUAUGGUUUCCAGGUUGACUGAGUCGCUUCCCAUCCGGAAGAGCUGCUUCAGUGAAAGCAGUGAAGAAGAAGAGGAGGAGGAUGACGAUGAUGAAGAUGACGAUGAGAGGAGGGCGGGCUCCCCACCCGUCCUCACCAAGCCUGCCUUGGGGCUCAAAUGCAAGAAGCCGCUGAGGAAGCGGCACUUUCGUCAGCGCAGCCAUCCUCACAGCAGCGUGGUGACCGAGACGAUCUCCGAAACCACCGAGGUGUUGGACGAGCCUUUCGUCGACUCCGACUCGGAGAGGCCCAUGCCCCGGCUGGAGGAGGAGACGCCCCUGGGACACCCACUGCACCGCUACCCACCAGCCCGCUCUGCCAUGAGGCUGUCUGACCCUGCACCUAAAAGGACCCGGCACUCCAACCUCACCGACUCUGAGGAAGACGAGCGAACACCUUUGCUGAAGCCCGUGGCAGCUCCGCCAGCAGCUCCAUCAGGGACCCAGGCGGACAACCUUGAGGUCCCAGUCAAGAAGAAGAAAGGCUGGCCCAAGGGAAAGAGCCGCAAACCCCUGCACUGGAAGAAACGAGGCCCCGGGAGACCACCCGGCAGCAGAGCAGCUGCCGACCGCCGGGCCCAAGGUGGGGAUCCGCCACCCCCCAAAAUCAAGAUGAAGCCCGGCCGCAAGCCCCGGGGCUGGCACGAGCAGCGGGCCCGGGAGGAGGCCGAGAGGCAAAGGCUGGCGGGGCAGCAGGUGGACAAAGGUCUCCAGCCGCUCCAGACAGACGACCGCAGCAGCAAGCGGGUCUGCCGGACCACCACCGACCGAGACGCCAAGCCCAAGGACUCCGAGGAGGACGACGACUAUCGGCCCAAACCUGUCGAGCAGAAGCUGCCCAAAAGGCCGAGAGGGAGACCGCCUAAGAACCGCGCCCUCCGGCCCCCACCACAGCCCGCCCCUAAACCUCCUCCUGCCUCCGAGCCAGAGGAGGAGGAGGAGGAGGAAGAGGAGGCUGUAAAGGCCUGGAAGGAGGACAAACCCGGCCGUCCACCACCCCGCGCCCUGCUGUCCCCCUCGUCCUUGUCGGGGCCCCGCCCCCCACAGUCCCGGCCUCAGGAGACAGAUAUGGGUAACAGGGAAGAGGACGAUGAUGACGAGGAGAGGGAGGAAGAGGAAUGCGGCAGAGUGGUCAGCGGCGGCGGAACCGUCAACAGGCGAGCAUCCGUUCCACCGGGUUCAGGAAGCAGGCGCAGCGAAGACCACGACGCAGACGACGAGGGGGACGGACACUUGGAGGACAAGAGCAACGGCAGCAGCAGCAUCAACAACAACAACAACAACAACAGUAAGAAGAGAAAAGGUCAGGACUCGGAAGAAGAUGAUGACGACGACGACGAAGACGAGGAAGAGGAGGAGCCCACCUCCCGUGCGAGCUCUCCUCCGGUCAAAGAGGAACCCCAAGUUGGAGAGGCUUUUUUAGACAUGGAGAACAGCGUGACCCGAGACGUCAGCAAGCAGGAGGAGGAGGAGGAAGAGGAGGAGGAGGAAGAAGAGGAGGAGGAGGCUGAGGAGGAGACAACGACGACAACGCAGGAGGCCAAGUGUCGGCCCCCCUCGGCCGACCCCCGGCAGGAGGAGAGGCGGCGCCGCGAGCAGGAGGAGUCGGCGGCGGCGGCUGCGGCGGUGGAAACGGUCACGGGUCCCUCUGAGCCAAUGGAGCUCCAGUCGCUGCACCCGGACGACAAGGACGUCACGCUGUUGAUGGAACCGCAGCACCCGCAUCCACACUCCCACCCCAGCCAGCAUCCCGACUUCAAAGAGGAGCUGGGCCACCACCACCCGCACCACUCCCAUCACCACUCCAACGAGCUGGACCUGGAGACCAUGCAGGCCGUCCAGUCCCUGACCCAGGGGGAGGCCCAGGACGAGGAGGCCGAGCCCCAGCCACACCACGGCGCCUACCAGGACUGCGAGGAGACCCUGGCCGCCUGCCGCACCCUGCAGAGCUACAGCCACGCGGGGGAGGCCGAGGACGAGGCGCUGGCCUUGGUGGAGGAGUGUGGCGCCUCGCAGCACAGCAGCCCCCUUCCUAAUCCCACAGUGCCGCCUCUCCCCAGCCAAUCGGUGCGCUCGGUGAACAGUCCGGGGCUGCCCUCGGGCAUCAUGGACACGACGGCUGCGGGGCAGAGGGGAGGCACGCCUGGCCCUACUGGGGCAGCGGGAAGUGGUGGAGGAACCGGCGGGGGCUACACCCAGAUCACGCCGGAACACCCCAGCUCGCUGUCCGCCCCGUCGCAGCAGAACAUGGAGACGUCGCCCAUGAUGGACGUGCCGUCCGUGUCUGACCACUCGCAGCAGGUGGUGGACAGCGGCUUCAGUGACCUCGGCAGCAUAGAGAGCACUACAGAGAACUACGACAACCCCAGCAGCUACGACUCUACCAUGGGCGGAGGUGGGGGGACCGGGAACAGAGGGGGAGACCACGCGGGGGCGACCACGGCCUCUUCCUCCUCCUCGAGCUCGGCCACCCCGUCGUCCUCGCAGUCCAACAGCUGCUCUUUUGUGCCGGCCCCCAGCCUCACGUCCUCGGCGGGAAUGGGCAGCUGCAGCCUCAUCCAGCAAACGGGGCCCAACAGCGGACCGGGUGCCAGUAAUGUAGGCAGCGCUGUGGCCCAGCCCCCCCCACCGCCGCCGCCAUCCAACACCCCCGGCUGUGGCAUUAAGUCUCCUCAGAGCUGUGUGGUGAUCGAGAGGCCUCCCAGCACCAACCUGCAGCAGCAGCAGUCCCAAAAAAAGGUUUCUCAGCAGCAACAAGCCCCUAAUCCUCCCCAAUCAGCACAACAACAGCAGCAACAACAACAACAACAGCAACAACAACAACAGCAGCAGCAGCAGCAACAACAACAACAACAACGGCAGCAGCAGCAGGCCCUGUCCCAGUGUAGCAUGGGUAACGGCUUCGCCUCCACACCCAUGAUAAUGGAGAUCCCCGAGAGUGGAGGAGGGGGCCGCCACAUGUACGACCGCAUGGGUCCAGACUUUGGCACGGGGGGCUACCCUCAGCCCUCGGCGACCUUCAGCCUGGCAAAGCUCCAGCAGCUCACCAACACCAUCAUGGAACCCCACGCCAUGCCCUACUCUCCAUCGGCCUCGGUCGCCUCCUACGCCACCAGCGUUUCCCUCUCCAACCCCGGGCUGGCCCCUUCACCCCACACCUCCCUCGCUCAGGGCCAGCCCACCAUGACCCCGCCCAACCUCAGCUCCGGCUCCAUGAAUCUGGGCUCCCUGCAGCUCCAGUGCAACAUGCCCACCGCCAACAUCGGCCUGGGACCCCCGCCGCACACCAAGCGGCUACAGGGCCAGAUGGCUACAGUCCAAAGCCAUAUCGCCAUCCGGUCCAAAGCCACGCAGCAGCUGGCCCCGGCGCCGCACCAGCAGCAGCUCUACGGCCGCAGCUCGGGGGCCGUGUCCAUGCAGGGCACGUCGCGCACCCUGGCCGUGCAGCGCGGCAUGAUGCCCAACCUCAUGCCCACGCCGGCGUCGUACAAUUCCAUGAACAUGGCCCCCCUCAAUGCCAUGUCAGCCGGUUACAGAAUGCCCCAGCCCAUGAUGAACAGUGGUUACCACGGCAAUCCCCCGUACAUGAAUCAGCCGGCUCAGUACCCCAUGCAGAUGCAGAUGGGCAUGAUGGGAGGGCAGGGUUACCCGCAGCAGGCUAUGCAGCCCAAUCACCAUGGCAACAUGAUGUACACCGGCCCCUCCCAUCACAGCUACACCGGCGUCCCGAAACAGUCACCUUACAUGAGCAGAUGAGCAGCCAAUUAAAAACCGAGAAAGGAGCCACGAGGCCGGAGCUGAUUCUCGCGGUCCUCUGAAUGUCCACUACCCCCCCCCCCCCCCGAACACCCUCACCGGCGCCACGGCGGGCGCCAGGGGGUCGGAGACGGAAAGGGUCUUUGAGUUUCCUGUUUUUCUGUGUUGUCAUUUUGUCCCUCCCUUUUUUUUUAUUUAAUUUUUGAAACUGGGCCUUGUUUCCCUUCCCGCCCGCCCAGCUGGUUGUGUACGGGAACAAGCGGGCCGCCGGGUCGGGGGGCGUGUACUUGGACCUCUGCCGUGCUGAUCCGGGCCAGGCCUGCACGGCCCUCUGUAAUGUGAUGAUUAUUCCUUUUUUUUUCAACACGGGUCCAGGAGGCUCCUCGUCCUCACGAGAGGGAGAGGAGGGGACAGGAAGGAGGACGAAGACACACAGAGAAGGACGAUACGGGAGCAGCUCGCUUUCGCUUUACUGCGAACGAAAAGCAGCGGUUAGCUGAAUAUAUUCAACCAUGCACACAAUCUUUUAAUUGACAUAGGAAGCCUUACCUUGAAAAAAGAGACGAUGAAACCAUUGUGGGCAGACUAUUUUUUUGUUAAACAUAAUGUUGGAUCUUAUUUUUGUUGUUGUUAUCGUUUUGAGAUACUCGUGUGCACUCCGACCUCUUAUAUGCUUUGGUCUUUAUAUGUGCGGCCUUCUGAUCCGGUGAAGCGCCCUCUCGCUCGCUCAGAAAUACCCAGACAUCCCUGUGGCUUUACACUCCGUUCCAGAGGAGCAGAAGGGUGUGUGUGUGGGGGGGGGGGGGGCAGUGUGUGUCUUCCCGAAGGGACGUCGUACCAAAAACAGCAAAGACACGGGAGGGACAAGCUGUCUAUUCAAUGUCCAUAAACAAAACAAGUAGCAUUAUUAUUAUUUUUUUUUCCCAGUUUGCCACCACUCCGAAAAACCGUUUUAGAUGUAAAUAUUCUGGUACUUCCCGAUAUCGAGCGCACACGCACACACACACGCACACAUACACACACACAGACGCCGGCUAGCUGUCGCCCAACGGCAGCUCGCGGCGGAAAGAACAACGCUACGCUGCUCUUGUCCACACUCCACUGACGGACGGUCAGCCAUUUUUUCAUAUUUUUUUCCCGCUCUUUUUUUUUCUAUUAUUGCAGUUUGGGGAAUGCCGAACAAACGGUGCCAUUUCCAUCUAACUGCUAUAGCAGACCCCUCUUCAGUGUUAGCGGCCGAAACCGGUCCAGGAGUCGGACUUUGAACGGGGUAUUCUGUCAUGACUGUAUUUCAUCCCUUUUUUGUAUUUUUUUUUUUUUUUCCCUGCAAAAUUCUGCACUUCCAAUUGGCUAGAGAAUAUGGCGGUAGACAGUUAUCCUUUGUAAAAGGUGCGCCUGAAUGCCUGAUCUAGCGCUCACAUGAAAAGAGGGUGGGGAGGGCGGUGGCAGAGGCGGUUCCGGCAGUGGACCUCGUUGCUCCGCGUACCAGUAUUCAAAGUCAAAAGAGGAGUUUUCAUUUUCUUACAGACCCGACAUUGCAUACUUUAGUUGUGUGUAUUGUUCUGUUCUGUACUUGCAUUGUUUUUUUCUUUCUGAAUUUUAUCAGACUGGGCAGCUUUCUUUUAUGACACGAGCUGACUCUUUUUGACUUUAGAAAAGCUAUUGUAGAGAAAAUGUUUUUUCUAUAAUAUAAAAGGAAACUCUGACAUUGAUAUUGGUACUGUCAUUUUUUUCACUUCUGUUUCAGGAAAAAAAACAAUACAUAUUUUUUAGCUCGCCUCUUGGGUAAUGAUUACUAAGAAAUUCAAAAUUUAAAAAAAUUACCACUCACUUUUAGUGACUUUAAGAUGCCUUUAACCUCUCCAUUCCAUCUCAUCUCUAGAGUUUUUCUAUCUUUGUGUAGUUAUAUUAAUGCUAUUUUAAACAAAAAGGACUCCAAAUAUCUAAAGGUCACUUGGCAUUCUUUUUCUUUUUUUACUUGUGUGUGUAUAGGAAGACUUCCUUACAUUUAAGAGGCAUGUAAAAAGGAGCUCAGUAUAUUUCUGUCUGUUUAUAUCGCUUCCCUUUUUGUAUCCUUUGUAAUUGUACAUGUUGCGUUGUAUGCUAAGAGAGCGCAGAAUAAAGAGGAGGGACGGCUGGGCACACAGUGAUGGAUGGAUUGCGCUCAGCGGCCUCGGCUCUCUACUCUUUCCCUGUAUGUAUUUCCAUUUAUUCUGUUUUUUUUUGGUUUCUUUCUUAGCAAGUACUUUCAAAGAACUCUGUACAUUUUAACAUAAAAUGAAAAUAAAUUAUGUUGAGCCAUU